UGCGGGAGCGAUGCCUCCAUGUUCGCUCAUUUUGUGUUUACGCCAACAAAAUUGGUAGAAAAGACUGUAAAUCAAUUUACCAUAAUUUAUUCAUCUAACAUCCAUAAAGUGUUGAGAGUAAUCGGUAAAGGUGGAAAAUACAAUUGUUUGGAGGUGGUCUACAGUAAGUAUUUACGUCUAAUCGAUCCUCUGAAGCAAUGGAUCUGGACGAGAGCGUCACGAAAGGCAAAGGCCGGGGUCGGGGUCGUGGAUCCCGCGGAGGUGCCCGGGGUAGGGGUCGUGGCCGCGGUCGAGGUCGGGGAAAGAAAGCUUCCCGAGUGAUAUCGUCCGACGAGGAGGAGGAUGUCGGAUCACCUGAUCAUGAGAAGGAUGCCACCGAUGAGCCACAGGCUGAGAGUGGUUCCUUACCGAAGGGAACGUUGGCCGAGUCGGAAGCGAUCAAAGAACCGUCGGUGGAGAAAGAUGCAAUGGAUGAGCCUACCACUGGUAGUGCAGCGAUUGUGAUCGACAUGGAAGCAGACAUUUCCCAGCUGGAGGCUCCUACGUUCACGACCAUUUCGAGGGGGCCACCGGAACCAAUGUUGAGAUUAAAUUGGGAUCAUAAGGUUAACCUGAUUGGAGAGAAGGUUUUGAAUCCGAUGAUCUACAUUUGCGAUCAAUGUGACAAACCGAUUCUCAUCUACGGACGAAUGAUUCCGUGCAAGCAUGUUUUCUGCUUGAAGUGUGCCCGUUCUGAAAAUCUUAAGAUAUGUCCUCGCUGCAAAGAGAAGGCAGUUCGUGUUGAGCAGACCGGUUUGGGCACGGUCUUCAUGUGCACUCACGGAGGAACUCGUUACGGGAGUACCGGUUGUCGUAGGACGUAUCUUUCGCAGAGAGAUUUGCAGGCGCAUAUAAACCAUAGACAUGUGACCAAUCCGCCACAGCCGGUGCCUCCGCCAGUGGUCCCGCAGUCACAAACGUCUCAAACUCAGCAGAUUAUUGACGCCAAGAUUGCAAGUUCUCCGGCUCGAAAGAACUCAUGCGAUCAGAUGAAUUCCCCGAGGACUGCUGGUGGAGGACAGGGUCCUUUGCCGUUGAAUUAUGUCACAAGCGGUUACGGAUCAUCUAGUGGUAAAUCCACGCAGUUGAUUCACAACAUGGCAAUCAGCCCACAAACUGCGCAUCUCACCGGUCGGUCCAGCUAUACUCAACAAUCAUCACCCCAACACUCGACCGGCUCUUCCGGAUGGGGACAACAAUCGUCGCAAUAUUACCGAUAGGUUCGUCGACAGAAAAUUCCCCGAAUGCACUUUCUUUCGCAGCAGAAUCAACAAUCAUUUAUUUGAUUAUUUAUGAAGUAAGUAUAAUGACAUUGCAAAAAAUAAAUAAUUUUUUAAAUAAAUGUAAUCUAUUUCAAAUCCCAAAUAUAA